AUGAAUAUGGAUAUGGGUUCAACGACUAGCAUGCCUAGCAUGACAAGUUCGAUGCCAAUGGCUAGCAGUACAUCUGCGAGUGGCUCGGGUUCUAUGUCCGGAAUGGAUAUGGGUAUGAAUUACUAUCUGACUCCAACUUAUAGGCAUUAUCCCGUUCUCUUUCAGCACUUGUCUGCCGACACAAGAGGCAAGGCAUUUGGUAUUUUCUUGCUGAUAGUGGUGGCCGCAUUUGUGUACAAGUUCCUACUGUUUGUGAGCUGGUGCUUGGAAGUGCAUUGGUUCAAGAGGUGGAAUAAGACCAACAAAUACAGUACUUUACAAGUUGCGAAGGAGACAAAUAAUGUACGGGAAUCCGGUGGUAAGGACUACUAUGCUGAUGCUGGUUUCGACGUGCAAACUCUUCCCAAGAUCCCAAACUUCAUGUUUGACGUAUUCAGUCCGUCGCUGAUCGAUUUGUUCCACGACCUCAUUAGAGCAUUAUUGACUUUCACAGCAACGAUGAUAAUCUAUAUGCUCAUGCUUGCAGCCAUGUCAUUCGUCCUGACCUAUGUCUUCGCGGUUAUCACAGGUUUGACAUUUGCUGAAGUCUUCUUUAAUAGAUGCAAGAUAUGCAUGUUGAAAAGAUGGGACAUACAAAGAGAGAUUAAGAAGACGACCACGUGUCCAGGUACCGGAGAUUGCCAAUGCGGCAGACAUGAAUGGGCAGAUGCAGAGGUAGCUACGGUGACUUCCGAUGAUCAAGGUACUCGAAUUCAAGAUAAAGAUCAAAACGAAAAAGGUUGCUGCCCUCCUGUUGCUGCGGAGCCUAAAUGCUGCUGCACUGAAAAGGCAGAGGAGGAUGAAAGAAACAUAGAGACGAACAUCCUGGAGAGCUCAAAAUUACAAGAACAAGCCGGUAACAUGGACUCCAAUUUGAUGCCAGCCGAGAAGUUUCAAUAA